AUGAUUUCGAUGGUAUUGUUGUUCCUAGUGGUGCUUGGUUGGGUGAGUAGCGUAAGUCGUGCGGCCGACACGCUGUGCUCGCUUCCACCCGUCACGUACGCAGACGCAAAGGUGGCACACCCGGACUCUGCUUUCGCACUGAGCCAUCUCGAGGGCUUAGGCAUCGCUACCUGGUACUCCGACCGAGACGUCAAUGGCAACGCGACGCAAACUGCUGUGGACCUCGUCACGACGUGCCCAGAGUCCUCGAGAUUGAACGUGGUAGUCUACGGACUACCGAAUAAGGACUGCGACGCAGGGUAUUCACACGGGAACGGUACCGUAAAGACUGGAGAGGACUACGAAGAAUUUAUCACCAACCUGACAGAACUUGUUGGCGAACGCAAGGUCCUCUACGUGUUGGAGCCGGAUGCCGUCGGCUUGCUGGCAAACAAGGGAUGCGCGGUAGAGUACGGAUACCAGAGCAAUCUGACCACUGCGAUCACGCUUUUAUCGAAAAACCCGAAUGCCGAGAUUUACCUCGACGUUGGAUUCUGGACUCUAGAACGGUCAGAUACGGCGGGUAUAGUGGCUCAGAUUGUCAAGGAACUAGCGCAGAGUGGUCGUGUGAAGGGUAUCGCGCUCAACACGUCGAACUACCGUUCAACGACGCAAAUUUCGGACCUGUGCACGAAUUUCCAGACGGCGGUGGGGUCAACAGACAUGCACUGCGUGAUCGACAGCUCUCGUAAUUUUCAAGAAUUUGCGAAUGCUUCCAGUACGGAAUGGUGUAACGUGAGGAAAGCUGGGAUCGGGGCACCGCCCACGGAUACCACGGACCUGGACAACAUCGACUACUGGCUGUACGUGAAGCCACCGGGAGAUAGUGAUGGGACGUGCGUGGAUCAGUCGACCGACGCUAUGCAUGGCCCCCCAGCCGGUGAGUUCUUCAACGACCACUUUAUUAAGCUCUGGAACCAGGGCUACUUUGUGAACACUCAGCAAAUGGACACUAUUUACGAUCCGAACGCUGAGACUUCUGGCUGCGCUGCGCAGACGUCUACGAUGGCUGCUACGUGGGCUGUCACCGGAUUGACUAUUUUCUGGUUGACUGUACGUCAAUGA